AUGAGCUCCAUCGAAUACCACUAUCCUGUGAUUGGUCGCAAGGGUACUGGAGGCGUAUUUGAUCGAUUGCCUAUCGAGACGCUGGAGAAGGAUCACCCUUACCAAUUUUCAUUGUUCAUCCUUGCCUUUGCUGUAAUUCAGCAGCGUCCCGAUGCUCUCCAAGUCGUGGAAGAGCCUGCGGGCACUUUCAUGGAAAUUGGGUCGAUUCACGGAAGGCCCUUCAUUGAAUGGGCAGGCGACCGCAACAAGUACACCCCAACUGACUAUAGCCCCACUGACAAGAAAGAUACCGAUCCCGUUCCUGCUAGAUUCGGAGGCUAUUGCAACCAUGGCGCCGUUGUUUUUCCUACUUGGCACCGCCCAUAUGUCAUGCUUCUCGAGCAAUCCAUCGGAAAUAUCGCCGAUCAGUUGGCCCACGACAUCGAAGCUAAAAACCCGCAUGAAUGUGGAGUGUGGGUGAAAGCUGCCAAGGAACUGCGCUUUCCAUACUGGGAUUGGGCCGAGAAGGACGUUUCCGAGAAUGGCCUUCCUCCUGUUCUGUACGAAGACAAAGUGGAAAUCGUGGUCGCUGGAGGUCAAAAACAAAUAGUUGAUAAUCCCCUCUCAUUUUUCUCGUUCGUCGAUGGGAUCCCAUCGGACUUUGGCGACGAAACGCUCAGGACGGGACAAGUGGCAUACUUCUCCAAGUGGCACAGGACAUACCGCUAUGCUGCUAGUAGCCCGAACCCUGAAGGCAGCAACGUAGACCAGUUGCAAAAGGCGUUCAAAGCCGGGGCAAAGGAUCUAAGAAGCAAAGUCGCUCAGCUCUUUGUAGUAAACAAUGACGAGAAUCCCGCAUUAGCCUGGGACGAGUUUUCGAAUCAUACUACACAGUCGAAGAGAGAAAUGGAUAAUUUCAACUCUGGGUCGCUUGAAGGCGUGCAUGAUGCUGUUCAUAUGUUGGCUGGCGGAAUCGGACAUAUGAGUGCCCCAGACUACGCCGGAUUUGAUCCUUUGUUUUUCCUUCACCAUUCGAAUGUGGACAGACUGUUGGCUCUAUGGGAGUGGUGCUACGCCGAGUACUGGAUGGAAAACGGGUAUGAAAUCAAUGGGAAAUCAUACCCCUGGACACAGCAACUCGGUACAUAUGCGCAAGUUUACAACGCACAGCUCCUUCCAGACGGGCCCCUCCAACCAUUCCGAACGGAACAAGGUGAUUAUUGGACCUCUUCUCAAGCUCGAUUUCUGCACACAGAUGCCUACCCCAAGUAUUACUCGUAUCCCGAGUUUGCAGGCAUUAAAGUUGAUCGAGCUGCCAUGUCAUCCGACGAGCGUGCUUUGGCACGCAAGAAAAUUGCGGCCUACUAUGGGUUUGAUCCGCAGACCACGGCGCAACAGGUGGCGGCGCCCGCAUGGACGCAACUUCCUGUUCCAGACAAGGACCAUCCUUCCGUGCCAGCCGACCAUGCCGUUAUUCCUGAAUAUCGCACAUUUGCUGUGCAUGUAAAACUUUUGGAGCAUGCUUUCAAUGGCUCCUACUCAUUCCAGCUUUAUCAUAAAGGAAAAGAUGAUUCGGCUUCGCAGCUCAUAGGUACUGUCGCAGUCUUCGCACGGCCAGACCAUUCCCCUUGUAAAGCGUGUACUCUGCGUCGCGAAGCGGGAACUGUGAUUCACGGCAUUAUUCCCAUUCCUCCCGCAUUGAUCGAGAGUAUCAUGAAAUCAAACGCCGACGGUGAAACGGUCGCUACAUUCGAUCAAACGCUGGCUCAUAUCAAGGGGGAGUUCUUUGGAAAGAUUGUGGAUACUACUGGCUCAGAGCUUGCCAGGGCUGAGGGAGGUCUGGAGGUCCCCCAGGUACCAAACCACCAAACCACUUCUCGCAAUGCUACUCCCAUAGAAAUCUCUCUGGUGUCGACUGCUGUUGCUGAACACGGACAGGACAAGGAUCGUCCUGUCUAUAUAUGCGACUGGCAGCACCACGAUGGCGUCUUCAGCGCCGGAUGGCAGGCGACUCACCCAGUUGCGGCGUGA